AUGGGUAGAUACGCCAGAAUCAAGUUACAGACCAAUGUUGCCAUCACUUGGCUCAUCGAGACUGCUUUCGAGCACGGCAGCAACGUGCAAGUCGGUGGCGAUACCAACUCCAGAGCUUCAGCCGCGGCAACGCCCACGAGCACUUCGAUCAAGACAGGCCGGUUGAAGGGAAAAGCGCGCAAAGAAGCAAAGAAGAAGGAGCAACUGCAAAGUCAAGCACCCGCACCUAAGAUCAAGGCCUCGAAAACAAUCUACAAAGUGUCAACUGAGGAGAUACUUCGCCAAGCCCGCUAUCUGGAGAACCUUGAUCAGGAACUCGUCAUGUCUAAGCCUGCAUGGAACGCCUUCAAAGAAGCUGUGCGAGGCCGUACAGAGUACGCCACCAAAUUCGCCAACAAACAACCGGACCAUGAAGACACGGUUCUGACCUUGCAUAAUCUGUUUGACGUCCUCCGGGACGUUGAGCUGACCGAUGGUGUACAAGGAACAGCCAACCUAACUACACCUCCCGACGAAGGUCUAGCUUACGGAGCGGCUGCAGCUGUACCAUCAGCUCGUUAUGAGCCGGCCAUCGACUCCGACGAGGAAUCACGGUUGCGUUGGCUCUGUUUCAAGGACGACGCUGAUUCAAUUAUAUCAUGGGUAAUCAACCUAUGGAAGCAGUACUUUGACCAGUCUGAGGAAGAUGUCAGCUUAGAGACUACAUCUCUCCUAUCAGAUCUAGCGCUCGAUCUGUUGUAUAAGAUCGAAGACGACAUGGAGCAUAACAACGACAAAGUAAACAAAGCCAUGUUCAAGGAGCUGGCCUCACUCUACAAUUGGAGUUCGACCGCCCUUGCCCUCUUCGAUUUCCGCGUCGCUGCAUAUGAAGGUAGAGGAUACCCGGCUGUAGUAAAGCUGGUACACAAGAGACAACCCCAACUAGGACUCGAUCCGUACAAGGAUUUUAUCCUAUUUGACGCUAAAUUUGUACGCUAUCUUACAGAGCUACAGCUGGAGAUGACACUACGUUUUGAUGGUUGGGAGCAAAAUGGACCACCGCCCAACACCAAACGUUGCCUCAGUAAUGCAAGUCUCGACCUCGUAUCCCGCACACUCGCUGUUCCAAGUCGUAGAAACCAGGAAGCCAUUGCCGCAAGCCUUCUAGAAGGGAUAUGGGGUCUACACAGUCCGAACGUGCAUGAGCCUUUCCACCGCGUCGCCCGGCUUGCGAACGUCAUAUCGGAUCAGUCCGACCACUGUCGUUCCGAUGGUAUAUCGUUUCCGGAACGUUCCCAAGACAAGAUACAUGAGUUUAACACCUUGCUCUCGUGGACCAUCGAGUGGCCUGGCCAUAUCCAGCGAUAUAUGAUUUUUCGAGCGAUCGACUCCAAUCACCCUGCCGCAGCCCUCUCUGGAUUCCAUCGCAACAUCUGGAAGUAUCUCGAUCUCAGUGUUGCCAGGAAAGAACAACUUAUCAGGUCAUGCGUAUCAAUUCCCGACCUCGCAGGGACGGCCGAGGCGCGUCUACAAUUUGGCGAGGAACAUAUCAUACCAUCGGAAGACCAAGACUUCCUGCGCAAAAACAAUCCCCUUACACCGGCAAAGCUAGCUCUCAACUUACAGUUCCUACGGGCUGAGAUUGGUUUCGAUUUCGUGAACGAUGAUCGCAGCUUGUUCCUCAUGUGCCAUUUGUAUAACGCACUUCGGCAACUAGGCUAUCUUGAAGUUCCGUGGAAAACGCUCGACUCACUGAUCGACAUGCACAUCAAGACCAUAUUCCUUGGUGCACUUCCUACGGAAAGCGCAAAGCAAAUGAGCAACCGCGUUCUCAUCGCGCUCGGAUGCGCGCCAGAACUUGUUCGAGCUCGCAACACUGGGAAAGGUCGGGAGGCAACUAUCAAGAACCUGGCGGUAUUGCGAGAGAAGAGGUCUGGCGCCCUGUGCUUCCCACCCAGCAUGGCUAUCGUUGCAGAUCAUCUGCAUGAUCGUGAGCCUCUACGCCGCACACUGACGCGUCUCGAUGCUGAGAUGAUCGCGAAACACUCUAGAGAGAGUAAAAACUCCCGCAUCAAAUCGUUCCUCGACGAAGAGAAUCCUACCACCUUUCUCGAGCGUCUUCGCAACCAUGUCUCAGACUUCCCACGGUACCUUGCGCUCGACUGUGUUGAGCUGACACGCAUUUGUGGCGGUCUUCUUAGGAGAUUUAGGUCAGAUGAGAUGAAGGUACUCAUGAAGCACGCAGAAUUGGACGCAGCACACCAGCAAUAUGUCGCGUCGCUAAUCAUUCAAGAGCUCGACAUGGAAGAGUAUAUGACACGACCAGGUAUGCCUGUACGGAAAGUCGCGCACGCGAUAGAAGCCGCGGCUAUACUGAAGGAGUACAUUGAAGGUGGCGAGGAUGCUCGAGCAGCGGUUAAAGACUACGUGCAGCGCAGGUAG